AUCACAGUAUUUCGCAUGGGAUCAGAAGGACACCAGGAUAUUGAUUUAGCUAUCCUGACAGCAUUACUAAAAGGAGCUAACGCAUCUGCCCCCGACCAGCUGAGCCUUGCGUUGGCUUGGAACAGAGUAGACAUCGCCCGCAGUCAGAUCUUUAUUUACGGGCAACAGUGGCCGGUGGGCUCCCUUGAGCAAGCAAUGCUGGAUGCGCUCGUGUUGGACAGAGUGGAUUUUGUGAAAUUACUCAUAGAAAAUGGAGUAAGCAUGCAUCGUUUUCUCACCAUCUCCCGGCUAGAGGAAUUGUACAAUACGAGACAUGGACCAUCUAACACUCUGUAUCAUCUAGUCAGGGACGUCAAAAAGCGAGAAUAUCCAGGUUUCGGUUGGAUCUAUUUUAAGGGAAACUUACCUCCUGAUUAUCGGAUAAGUCUGAUUGACAUUGGUUUGGUGAUAGAGUACCUGAUGGGAGGCGCAUACCGCUGCAAUUACAUGUUCAGAACACUGUACCACAAUUUAUUUGGGCCCAAGAGGCCAAAAGCCCUGAAACUGUUGGGAAUGGAGGAUGAUGUCCCUUUGCGGCGAGGGAGGAAAACGACAAAAAAAAGAGAAGAAGAAGUUGAUAUUGAUUUGGAUGACCCUGAAAUCAAUCAUUUCCCCUUCCCGUUUCAUGAGCUGAUGGUGUGGGCUGUGCUGAUGAAGCGUCAGAAAAUGGCCCUCUUCUUUUGGCAGCAUGGGGAAGAGGCUAUGGCUAAAGCACUGGUGGCCUGUAAACUCUGCAAAGCCAUGGCCCAUGAAGCAUCAGAAAACGACAUGGUGGAUGACAUAUCCCAAGAGCUGAACCAUAAUUCCAGGGACUUUGGCCAGUUGGCGGUGGAGCUGUUGGACCAGUCGUACAAGCAGGACGAGCAACUGGCAAUGAAACUGCUGACCUACGAGCUGAAGAACUGGAGCAACGCCACGUGCCUGCAGCUGGCAGUGGCAGCCAAGCACAGGGACUUCAUCGCUCACACUUGCAGCCAGAUGCUGCUCACAGACAUGUGGAUGGGUCGUCUCCGGAUGCGCAAAAAUUCUGGCCUAAAGGUAAUUCUAGGAAUUCUACUUCCUCCUUCAAUCCUCAGCUUGGAGUUCAAGAACAAAGAUGAUAUGCCUUACAUGUCCCAGGCCAACGAGGUCCAUCUUCAAGAGAAGGAGCCAGAGGAGCCAGAGAAGCCAGCAAAAGAAAAAGAGGAGGAGGACAUGGAACUCACUGCAAUGCUGGGACGAGGGAAUGGAGAGUCAUCAAGAAAGAAAGAGGAAGAGGAAGUUCAGAGCAGGCACAGACUGAUCCCUGUUGGAAGAAAGAUUUAUGAGUUCUAUAAUGCUCCCAUCGUUAAAUUUUGGUUUUACACGCUGGCAUAUAUAGGCUACUUGAUGCUGUUCAAUUAUAUAGUGUUAGUGAAGAUGGAUCGCUGGCCAUCUACACAGGAAUGGAUUGUCAUCUCAUACAUUUUCACUCUGGGAAUAGAGAAGAUGAGAGAGAUAUUGAUGUCAGAGCCCGGGAAACUGUUACAGAAAGUAAAAGUUUGGCUUCAGGAGUACUGGAAUGUUACUGAUCUCAUAGCUAUCCUCCUGUUCUCCGUCGGGAUGAUCCUCCGUCUGCAAGAUCUGCCACUCCGGAGUGAUGGCCGAGUGAUAUACUGUGUUAACAUCAUUUACUGGUAUAUACGGUUAUUGGACAUCUUCGGAGUAAACAAGUAUUUGGGACCGUAUGUUAUGAUGAUUGGGAAAAUGAUGAUAGACAUGAUGUAUUUUGUCAUCAUAAUGUUGGUGGUUCUGAUGAGCUUUGGCGUCGCAAGACAGGCUAUUCUCUUCCCCAAUGAGGAGCCUUCGUGGAAGCUGGCGAAAAACAUUUUUUACAUGCCUUAUUGGAUGAUCUAUGGGGAAGUGUUUGCAGACCAGAUAGACCGUAAGCAAGUUUAUGAUUCUCAUACUCCAAAGUCAGCUCCUUGUGGUCAAAAUGAAACCAGAGAAGAUGGCAAAAUAAUCCAGCUACCUCCCUGCAAGACAGGAGCAUGGAUUGUUCCUGCCAUCAUGGCCUGUUACCUCUUGGUUGCAAACAUCCUUCUGGUGAACCUCCUCAUUGCUGUUUUCAACAAUACAUUUUUUGAAGUCAAAUCCAUAUCCAACCAAGUAUGGAAGUUUCAAAGAUACCAGCUAAUCAUGACAUUUCACGAAAGACCUGUUCUCCCACCACCUCUGAUAAUUUUCAGCCAUAUGACUAUGAUAUUCCAACACCUCUGCUGCAGAUGGCGGAAGCAUGAAAGCGAUCCAGAUGAGAGAGACUACGGAUUAAAACUUUUCAUAACUGAGGAUGAACUGAAAAAAGUCCAUGAUUUCGAAGAGCAGUGCAUAGAAGAAUAUUUCAGAGAAAAGGAUGACAGAUUCAAUUCCUCCAAUGAUGAAAGAAUCCGUGUCACAUCAGAAAGGGUAGAGAACAUGGCCAUGCGACUGGAAGAAGUAAAUGAGCGAGAGCACUGCAUGAAGGCUUCUCUGCAGACCGUUGACAUCAGGCUUGCUCAGCUGGAAGAUAUGAUGGGACGAAUGGUGACCGCCUUAGAAAAACUGACUGGCAUAGAGAGAGGUGAGACGACCAAGAUACGAUCCAGGACCUCAUCUGACUGUACUGAUGCAGCCUACAUUGUGAGGCAGAGUAGCUUCAAUAGUCAGGAGGGAAACACCUAUAAGCUUCAAGAGAGCAUAGAUCCCACAGGAGAGGAGUCCAUGUCCCCAACGUCUCCUACAAUCACGCCUCGCAUGCGAAGCCACUCUUUCUAUGCAACAAAUAUAAAGGACAAGUGUGGGUUGGAAAAAUUCGAAAGCAUUUUUAAGGAAAGAUCUCCAAGCCUGCAUCGGGCUAUCAGUUCGCACUCAAUAGCAAAAGAAGGAAAGGUUCCCUUAGCCCCUACCAGCACUUUGUCAAUUGCCCCAGACUCCAGAAGGCCUUCAUCUUGUAUAGACAUCUACGUUUCUGCAAUGGAUGAGAUGCAUUCUGACACAGAGCCUCUCGACAGCUCCAUAAAUAUCCUUGGUACCGGCGAUGCAGCUCUGCAGGCUCACAUAGCCUCUUCCAUUUUAGCUAACAGUGCGUACAUUAGCAGUACACCUGGCGAAAAAAUUUCUGGCAGGAGUCUUGAUUAUGAGGAAACCUCUGGAAUAGAAACAAGAGCAUUUUCUUCAGACUAUUCACAAAUCACAGAUUGCCAAAUCCCCUGGGAUUCAGACCCUCCUUUGUAUCACACUUUAGAGCGAUCUAAAAGCAGUCGUUAUCUGGCUACUACUCCAUUUAUUCUGGAGGAAACGCCGAUUGUGAAGUCUCACAGUUUCAUGUUCUCUCCAUCUCGAAGCUACUUCAGCAGCCUUGGUGUCCCGGUCAAAACAGCAGAGUACACAAGUAUUACAGACUGCAUAGACACGAGGUGUGUGAGUGCUCCCCAGGCCAUCGCAGAGAGGGCCAGUUUCCCUGGAAGUCUCGGGGGCAAAGUGGAGGACUUGGGAUGCUGCCACCCAGAGAGAGAAGCUGAACUAAGCCACCCGAGCUCUGAUCAUGAGGAUAUUGAGGCCAAAGACAAGAAGGGGAUCCCCUUAUCUCCUCAAGACGGCAAUGCUACAAGAACUCUGGCCAACAGCAUCCCACUUCCAAAAAUAGAGCGGGCCAACAGCUACUCUGCAGAGGAGUCCAACAUGUUGUAUGCACAACACACACGGAAGAGCUACUCUAUCAGCGACAAACUUGACAGACAACGAAAUGCAACAGGCCUGCGAAACCCUUUCCAGAGGAGUAAGUCCUCCAGGCCAGAGAGCAGAGGGGACAAUCUGUCCAUGAGGAGACUGUCAAGAACGGGAGCCUUCCGCAGCUUUGAAAGCAAGCACAGCUAG